AUGCGGGCUCUAGUAGAUUGCGCGUCGCAAAUUAGCGCUAUUACUGAUAGGUGUGCUAACCGUCUGGGUCUCAAGCGCUCGCGUUGGACCGCCCCAAUUAGUGGCUUAUUUGGUGUUGCAGUAGUUAAUGUUCUUGGUCGCGUCGAUUGUAUAAUACAACCGCGUUUUGCGCCCGAGCCCGCGUUAUCGGUACAUGCGUGGGUACUACCAACUAUAACAAGUGAUUUGCCGAAACAAUCGCUUCCUAUCGGAAUAAAAGAUCGAUAUUCCAAUUUAGCAUUAGCGGACCCGCACUUUAAUGUUACGUCGCCUAUCGACCUAUUACUCGGUGGUGACGUAUUCGCUUCCAUUAUGGAUGACCGCAAAAUAUCGAUCGAUAAAAAUUUACCUUCUGCGUUCAAUUCGAUAUUCGGUUGGAUUUUAAUCGGCCCCGUCUCUGGGUCUCAAUCGCACCCGUAUCAAUCAGUGCCCGUUUCCAUGACCGUAUCGAUAGAGAGUCUUAUGGAACGUUUUUGGCAUGUCGAGGAACCUGAGAUGGCUCCUGCCACUUUUACUGACAACGGGCAGUGUGAAAAGAUAUUUUGCGAACAGGUUAUGCGAACACCUUCCGGUCGAUUUUCGGUACCUUUACUUUUCCGGUCGCCGGUAUCAAACGAAACUUUUGUUGGUUCACGCGAAGUUGCAGCGCGCCGUUUUGAAAUGCUUGAACGCAAAUUAUCUAAUAACUCGGCAUUAAAAUCGUUGUACGAUAAAUUUAUGUCGGAAUAUAUUUCACUCGGGCAUAUGUCUUUAGCCCAGUCACCUGGACUUUAUUUUAUUCCGCAUCAUGCGAUAUUUCGACCGGAAAUCGACGCGAACAAAAUCCGUGUUGUGUUCGACGCGUCGGCGCGCGGUUUUCGAGGUCCGUCGCUGAAUCAAUGUUUAUUUUCUGGUCCUAAGUUACAAACAGAUAUUGUAGACAUUUUAAUCCGGUUUCGCCAUGUCCUAUGGCGAGCGUCGCCUCGCGAUGCAUUAUGCGAGUACGAAUUAAAUACUGUUACGUACAGUGUUAAUUGCGCACCUUUUCUGGCGCUACGCGUGUUGCACAGUAUCGCGUCCAAUGAUUGCAAUAAUUUUGCUUCCGUACGUAACGCGUUAUUAUGUCAGACUUAUGUUGACGAUAUUUGUACCGGAGCGGACAGUGUCGCCGAGGUGCUGAGGUUACAAACUGACUUAAUUCACGUUCUAAACAAAUCCGGCCUAGAAUUAAAAAAGUGGGCAUCGAAUACACCGUCCGUGUUAAAAGCUGUACCAGUGGAUGACCGUGUAAAAGUCCCAUUGCCCUUUGAAUCUAUGGAGGGGAACGGUACAAAAGUAUUAGGUUUAGAAUGGCACCCGGAAGGUGAUUUUUUUUGUUGUGCUUUAAGUCUAUCCCCGUCUCCCGUUUUUUCGAAACGCGGCAUACUAUCGCUAGUUGCACGAAUUUUUGACCCGCUAGGUUUUUUCGGCCCGUCUGUAUUUUUAGCAAAAGUCAUCAUGCAACGUACCUGGUUUUCCGGCUUAGGGUGGGACGAUCCCCUACCGGCCGACAUUGCGGCGGAAUGGCAAGCCUUUGUGUCCGACCUCCCGUCACUGUUAAAUAUACGCGUUCCGCGACAUAUUAACUCCUAUCAAGGAGCGCCGUGUUAUUUACUCGGAUUCUGCGACGCGUCACAACGCGGGUGUGCGGCAGUAGUGUACGUGCGCAUGGCCGAUACUACCAAAAAUCCGUCCGUUUCUCUCAUAGGCACAAAAACUAAAUUAGCGCCGACAAAAGCGAUCACAAUACCACGUCUCGAGUUAAAUGCUGCGCUAUUAUUAGCCCGCUGGUUAAGGCGUAUCCGUGAUAUUUUAUCAUCUCAGCUUAAUAUAAUCAGUGUUCGAGCAUGGUCUGAUUCUAUGGUUGCAUUAUCGUGGUUAAAGGUCCCUCACGAAUCUUUCAAAAUUUACAUCUCAAACCGCGUGCACAAGAUUCACACUUUAUUACCGGAUUGUAAUUGGUCGUAUAUCGAAUCGCCCAACAAUCCCGCUGAUUGUGCGUCUCGCGGCAUAAUGCCAGCCGUCCUGUCGCAACUCGAAUUAUAUUGGAAUGGUCCACAGUUGUCGUACAGCGAUCCAUCGAAAUGGGACGAUUCCCCUCCUACGCUCCCCUUGUGUGACCUUCCCGAUAUUCAACUUGUGUCAUGUACCACGCGCGUUGAGGUCAUGACAGGCGAAUGGUUUGAUCGGUUCUCAGACUAUGACCGAAUGUUACGGGUAGUCGCAUAUAUGCACCGUUUCACCGACGCUUGCCGUCGUCGACGUAUCGAAGCCAGUUCGCAUACAUUUUUGCGCAAAUCCGAGCUAGAUCGCGCCGUCCGCGUCCUGGCGACCGCAUCACAACGUGUUCACUUUUCUGUAUUACUACGCGAAUUGUCUACUAAGAAUCGCAUUUCGUCCAAACCCUUAGCUCGCUUAUCUCCAUUUAUUGAUUCGAACGGUGUUGUACGCGUGGGUGGACGUCUUCGGCAUUCUAUGUUAACCUACGGUUGUAAACAUCCCAUUUUAAUAGCCAAGAGGUCGUAUUUUGCCGAAUUGUUGUGUCGUCGGUGGCACAUAGCAACGUGUCAUGCUGGGCCGCGGGUCCUGGCCGCCCUUAUUGCGCGCCAGUUCUGGGUUGUGUCAUUACGGUCCGUGUUGCAUCGCAUAAUCUCAAACUGUACUGUAUGCGUACGGCUCGACGGUAGACCUUUACAGCCUUACAUGGCUGAUUUGCCAAGCACUCGCGUGCAACCAAGGCGACCGUUUGAACGUGUCGGCAUAGAUUUCGCAGGUCCCCUCCAAAUGCGCGAGGUGAGCUUACGCAAAGCGCGUAGUUUUAAAAUUUACGUUGCCGUGUUUGUUUGUUUUUGUACUAAGGCCGUUCAUCUAGAGGUGGUGACAAGUUUGUCUACAGAGGCUUUUUUGGCAGCCUUUGACCGUUUUAUCGCCCGUCGAGGCUUACCAACGGAUAUAUUCUCUGAUUGCGGCACCAAUUUUAUCGGGGCAGAUAGGCAAUUACGUACGCUAAUAGAAAGUCCCGACGGUCAAGCAGCUAUUGCUAAUACGCGCACCGCAUGUAAAUGGCACUUCAAUCCACCCAGUGCUCCACAUUUCGGGGGCCUAUGGGAGGCAGCGGUCCGGUCGACAAAGCGACUAUUAGUGCGCGUAAUUGGUACUCAUAUUUUUACAUACGAAGAGUUCAUUACGGUGUUGGCUCGAGUUGAAGCUAUUCUAAACUCACGCCCUCUCACGCCGGCGUCACCUGACCCGCACGACCUUGAGUGUCUUACGCCCGGGCAUUUUUUAAUAGGGCAACCACUCUUAGCCAUUCCUCCUAGGUCCGACCCUGCAUCUUCCCGUAGUCUAACCAAUCGGUGGAAGUUGAUGGACCAGUGUCAUCAAGCCUUUUGGCGGCGUUGGUCGGGAGAGUAUUUGACGACCCUGCAAGAGAGGUCCAAGUGGACUGAAGGUGUACCCAACCUUAAAGUUAAGGACAUGGUCGUAUUAGUCGACAACCAAAGCCCCCCCCUAAUGUGGCGUCUUGGCAGGGUGGUAGAAUUGUUGCCCGGAGCUGAUGGUCACGUUCGAGUUGCUCGAUUAAUGACGCGCUUGGGAGAAAUAACGCGCCCAGUAGUUAAAUUGGUACCGCUUCCAGCUAACUAA